AUGCCAGAAUCUCUUCAAAAAUUCCGAAUCAAAGAUGCUCCUCCAUCAAUUUUUUACAUUCCAAAUUGGAUUGAUGAAGAAGAAGCCAGGUUUGCCUCGAACUAUUUCGAAACAUAAUUACAUAAAACAAUUUUCAGCCUUUAUCAAAGUUGCAUCGAAAAUGCUCCACAACCAAAAUGGACAGUUUUAGCGAAUCGGCGGCUUCAAAAUUAUGGAGGAGUUGUUGGAAAAAGUGCGCUGAUUCCUAAUGAUGAUUUUCCAGUGGUAUGUGAGAUGUUGAGAAUUAUUAUUCUCGAAAAUUAUAGUAUACUCAAAAAAAAAUUUUAGGAGCUCAAAUAUUUGAUGAAAAAAAUCGAUGACUUGCAAAUAUUCCCAAAUCCGGUGAAUCAUGUUUUGGUGAAUGAAUAUAAACCGGGACAAGGAAUUAUGCCACAUACAGAUGGACCGGCUUUUCAUCGAGUUGUGACUACAGUAACCAUUGGGUCUCACACCGUUUUGGAUAUUUAUGCACCAGUUGAUAAAGAGGUUAGUUUAUUUUUUUAG